CGGAGCUCCUUGCUUCUCUUCACGCACCAGCCAGCCCCGUUCUCCCGCGCGGGGCUCCGCCGCCCGCCCGUGGGCCGUUGGGAGCCGGAGAGGCGGAGGCGGCCCGAGGCUAAAGCACCCGCCAGGCGCCGAGGAGAAUAUGAAACAGGUGUCAAAAUGACAUCCAGAUUUGGGAAAACAUACAGUAGGAAAGGAGGAAAUGGCAGUUCAAAGUUUGAUGAAGUCUUUUCCAACAAACGGACCACCCUUAGCACAAAAUGGGGAGAGACCACAUUUAUGGCUAAAUUAGGACAGAAGAGGCCCAAUUUCAAACCAGAUAUCCAAGAAGUUCCGAAGAAACCUAAGAUGGAAGAAGAAAAUACUGGAGAUCCUUUUGGAUUUGAUAGUGAUGAUGAGUCUCUCCCAGUUUCUUCAAAGAAUUUGGCCCAGGGUAAGGGUUCCUCUUAUUCAGAAUCUAGUGAAGCUGCUCAGCUGGAAGAUGUCACUUCUGUACUUGAAGCUAAUAGCAAAAUUAGUCAGGUGAUGGGUGAAGACAGUGUUGUAUCUGAUAAAUGCUUACGUUUGGAGGAUACUUUGCUUGGGAAAGAAAAAAGCACAAACCGUGUCUUAGAAGAUGGUGCAAGCAGAAGUAGCUGUGCUAAAUUGAUGACUUCAGAUAAAGUGGAGAGCUUUAGUGAAGAACAUGAAAAGAAUAGUCACCAUAUUUACAAAAAUGCUGAAGACAGUACUAAGAAACCCAGUGCAGAAACUACAGUGGUUUCUGGAUACAGAGCUGAUGAAAUCAAGGAAACAAAUGAUACUUGGAACUCCCAGCAUGGAAAAAGAUCAGAAUCUCCAUCAGAAACAUCUCCAAUCAAGGGAUCUAUAAGAACUGGUUUGUAUGAAUGGGAUAAUGAUUUUGAAGAUAUCAGAUCAGAAGAUUGUGUUUUAAGUUUGGAUAGUGGUCCUGUUUUGGAGAUGAAGGAUGAGGAUUUAAAAAAUCGAUUGGAAAAUCUAAAUGAAGCCAUUGAGGAAGACAUCAUGCAAAGUGUUCUUAGGCCGAGUAACUGUAGGACGUACUGUAGGGCCAAUAAAGCAAAAUCCUCACAAGGAGCAUCAAGUUUUGAUAAGCUAAUGGACGGCACCAGUCAGGCCUCAGCCAAAGCAAACAGUGAAUCAAGUAAAGAUGGCCUGAAUCAGGCAAAGAAAGGCAGUGUAAGUUGUGGGACCAGUUUUAGAGGGACAGUUGGACGGACUAGAGAUUAUACUGUUUUGCAUCCAUCUUGCUUGUCAGUUUGUAAUGUUACCAUACAGGAUACUAUGGAACGCAGUAUGGAUGAGUUCACUGCAUCAACUCCUGCAGAUUUGGGAGAAGCUGGCCGGUUAAGAAAAAAGGCAGACAUUGCGACAUCUAAGACCACUACUAGAUUUCGACCUAGUAAUACUAAAUCUAAAAAGGAUGUUAAACUUGAAUUUUUUGGUUUUGAAGAUCAUGAUGAUACAGGAGGUGAUGAAGGAGGUUCUGGGAGUUCUAAUUACAAAAUUAAGUAUUUUGGCUUUGAUGAUCUCAGUGAAAGUGAAGAUGAUGAAGAUGAUGACUGUCAAGUGGAAAGAAAGACAAGCAAAAAAAGAACUAAAACAGCUCCAUCACCCUCCUUGCAGCCUCCUCCAGAAAGCAAUGAUAAUUCCCAGGACAGUCAGUCUAGUACUAAUAAUGCAGAAAACUUGGAUUUUACAGAGGACUUGCCUGGUGUGCCUGAAAGUGUGAAGAAGCCUCCAAAUAAACAAGGAGAUAAAUCAAAGGAAAAUACCAGAAAGAUUUUUAGUGGCCCCAAACGGUCUCCUACAAAAGCUGUAUAUAAUGCCAGGCAUUGGAACCAUCCAGACUCGGAAGAACUACCUGGGCCACCAGUAGCAAAACCUCAGAGCGUCACAGUGAGGCUGUCUUCAAAGGAACAAAAUCAAAAAGAUGAUGGAGUUUUUAAGGCUCCUGCACCACCACCCAAAGUGAUAAAAACUGUGACAAUACCUACUCAGCCCUACCAAGAUAUAGUUACUGCACUGAAAUGCAGAAAAGAAGACAAAGAAUUGUAUACUGUUGUUCAGCAUGUGAAGCACUUCAAUGAUGUGGUGGAAUUUGGUGAAAAUCAAGAGUUCACUGAUGACAUUGAGUACUUGUUAAGUGGCUUAAAGAGCACUCAGCCUCUAAACACACGUUGCCUUAGUGUUAUUAGCUUGGCUACUAAAUGUGCCAUGCCCAGUUUUCGAAUGCACCUAAGAGCACACGGAAUGGUAGCAAUGGUCUUUAAAACCUUGGAUGAUUCCCAGCAUCAUCAGAAUCUGUCCCUUUGUACAGCUGCCCUCAUGUACAUACUGAGUAGAGAUCGUUUAAACAUGGAUCUUGAUAGAGCUAGCCUAGAUUUAAUGAUUCGACUUCUAGAACUGGAACAAGAUGCUUCUUCAGCUAAGCUGCUGAAUGAAAAAGACAUGAACAAAAUCAAAGAAAAAAUUCGAAGGCUCUGUGAAACUGUACACAACAAGCACCUUGAUUUAGAAAAUAUAACGACUGGGCAUUUAGCUAUGGAGACAUUACUGUCCCUUACUUCUAAACGAGCAGGAGACUGGUUUAAAGAAGAACUACGGCUUUUGGGUGGUCUGGAUCAUAUUGUAGAUAAAGUGAAAGAAUGUGUGGAUCAUUUAAGUAGAGAUGAGGAUGAAGAGAAAUUAGUAGCUUCAUUAUGGGGAGCAGAGAGAUGUUUACGAGUUUUAGAAAGCGUAACGGUGCAUAAUCCAGAGAAUCAAAGCUACUUGAUAGCAUAUAAAGAUUCACAGCUCAUUGUUUCAUCAGCUAAAGCAUUACAGCAUUGUGAAGAAUUGAUUAAGCAGUAUAACCGUGCUGAGAACAGUAUAUGCUUACCUGACAGUAAGCCUCUGCCUCACCAGAAUGUAACUAAUCAUGUGGGCAAAGCAGUAGAAGACUGCAUGAGGGCCAUCAUUGGGGUGUUGCUCAAUUUAACUAAUGAUAAUGAAUGGGGCAGCACCAAAACAGGAGAACAGGAUGGCUUGAUUGGCACAGCGAUGAACUGUGUGCUUCAGGUUCCAAAGUACCUACCUCAGGAGCAGAGAUUUGAUAUUCGAGUGCUGGGUUUAGGUCUACUGAUAAAUCUAGUGGAGUAUAGUGCUCGGAAUCGGCACUGUCUUGUCAACAUGGAGACAUCAUGUUCUUUUGAUUCUUCCUUCUGUAGUGGAGAAGGAGAUGAUAGUUUAAGGAUAGCUGGACAAGUUCAUGCAGUUCAGGCUCUAGUGCAGCUAUUCCUUGAGCGAGAACGAGCAGCACAGUUGGCAGAAAGUAAAACAGAUGAGUUGAUCAAAGAUGCUCCCACCACUCAGCAUGAUAAGAGUGGAGAGUGGCAAGAAACAAGUGGAGAAAUACAGUGGGUAGCAACUGAAAAGACCGAUGGUACAGAAGAGAAACAUAAGAAGGAGGAGGAUGAUGAAGAACUUGACCUCAAUAAAGCCCUUCAGCAUGCUGGCAAACACAUGGAGGAUUGCAUCGUGGCCUCAUACACAGCGCUACUUCUCGGGUGUCUCUGCCAGGAGAGUCCUAUCAAUGUGACCACUGUGCGGGAGUAUCUGCCAGAAGGGGACUUUUCAAUAAUGACAGAGAUGCUCAAAAAAUUUCUGAGCUUCAUGAAUCUUACCUGUGCUGUUGGAACCACAGGCCAGAAAUCUAUCUCUAGAGUGAUUGAAUACUUGGAACAUUGCUAGCUGCUUUACCUUUGCUUCAGGUGCUCGGCAAAGCUGGAGCUAUUCUUAGACAAAGAAAAGUCACGAAAGAAGUCCUUGAAGAUAUACCAAGAACAUUCAUCAGUAUCAUUCAUAUUUGGAUUUUUAGGCCACCUGAUUUCUUCUUCGUCAUGCAUUCUGCAUUUGCUAAAUGACAGUUACUACAUCAAUCUGCAACUAUCAAAAAUGAGGGAAAAGGUUCAGGCUGUUAACAUUUCCAUGCAGUAUUUAAAUACACUUACUUUGGCAGAAUUUAUACUAUCCCCUUGUUCUCUUGCUUUAUUCUGGGCAAGUUUUAAGGGGAAAAUUUGUGCUGCUGUUAGUGCAACUGCUGUGUAUGUUGAGCCACUGUUGUCAUGCCAGCCAGGUGCAAAGGCAGCUUAGCUACUGAGGUAUUGAAUGUUCUGAGGACAUUCUAGACAACAGCUUAGUUCCUUUUUCAGGCUCAUUUGCUUUUGCUUUUUUGUUGAAUGAUUCCAAUCGUAAAUAAAGCUUUUAAUAAUUUUGUGAA